AGGAGUAACUGAGUCUGAAUGGAUCCAAUCCAGAGGAAGAGGAGAGGAUAAGAGGCACAGAGAGAUAAGGAGAGGCAGGGACGGGGUUGGGCUCAGGUCCAUGCUUCAGAGGACGGAAGAGGAGUGCUGACUGCUUACUGGAGCCUCAUGGAGGAAUUCAGCACUCUCUUUAUUUCUUUUCUGGCAUUUGACCUGAAGUGAAGCCAGGACUCCUCUCAGGGUGAUGGUCUCUCUUCUGGCAGCAUUUCUCACUGAAGCUUUGCCAAGUUGUCAGGUGAGGAGGAGAAGCUGGAGAUCUCAGCCCCCUGAUUCCCUUGAAAAAUGAGUGGAGGUGUAAACAUCAAAGUCAUAUCUCAGACUCAGAGCGACGCAGGUGUCAGCUCCUCUCUGCCUUUACCUCAAAGCACGAUGCCUCUCUCAAAGAUGGACCCCAAACAACAAUACGGCGGCCUCUCCAAUCCCAGCGCACAGUAUCUGCACCCCGCCAAGAGGCGGCCUUCCUACCCUUUAUCUUCUGUCUCCUCAGGUCCUGCAGAGCUGCUUAGAGGUGCAGCUUUAAAGAACCACCUGCUGCAACAGAAAGCAGGCAUGCACUCUCACAGAAGCCCCGCAGCUACAGAGAGAACUGAUGGGACGUGCUCGGCCUACAGCAGCCCGCAGAUACCAAAGAGGGAAGCCCCGCGCUCGAAAGACACGCUCGAUCUACGCACCAGCACGCUCACCCAGAAGGCUUUGAGAGACCUCCAGCUGAGACGAAACACAAACCAGAACUGGACCUUUGGGAGGUAUCGCCUGAGGAGUGUGGACAAUGCAACUGAAAAUAACGCUCUGUGCCGAAGAGGACGCCUUCUUCACAGUAAAAGUGCAAAUGGGAACGAUGAGUCAGGAGUUUCUUCAGUCCGAGCGAGCAACAUCCACAGAGAGCUGAGGAACAUCUCCAGCCAGGAUCUGAGAGGAUCCAGUAACAACAUGAAGCCUUCUUAUCAGACUUUCAACAUGCCACGACGAGCCAGUGAGCCAGGACAAGUCAACAUGGCUGCUGUUGCUCCCUUCAGGUUCAGGUUUCAGGUCCAUGAGGACACAGACGCCACGCUGGAUGAUCUCAGUGACUGUUCAUCAGACUCCAUGGAGGUUUGCUGUGAUGAGCUUGGAGGAAUGCUUGGAAAUAGUGUGAAAGGCAGAGAAGGAGAUUUGAAGAUGGAAAGGACGGAUGGCACAAAGGCGUACGGCCAAACAGAUGGCAAAGGAGUUGGUGUGGCAGCUAAGAGGGCCAAGAGCGGAGUGCCCCAGAGCACACAGCGAGGUGAGCUAAAGGUGUACCGGGCUGGCAGCUCUGAUGGCAGGAUACCAGUAUCCUCCAGUCUCCGCAAGCAGAGGUCCAUGACAAACUUGGCUGUGCUCACUGAUGCAGAGAAGAAGUUACACCUUUAUGAACCAAAGUGGUGUGAUGACAUGGCCAAGCCCGGAGCAGGGCAGGCAAAGACCGGCAAGCCAAAGACAGCAGGGGGUGGCAGCAGCGCCGGAGGAGGUGCCCCUCUAUCUCGAAACCUCUCCAAAUCUGAACACUCUCUAUUCCAGGGCAAACCCAAGCCCUUUAGCCCUCUGGCUGCCCCAUCUGCCCUGAACAAGCAGAGCCGCAUACCUCGUGGUCCUUACGCCGAGGUGAAGCCUCUCAGCAAGGCACCUGAGGAUGGGAAGUCAGACGAUGAGAUCCUGUCCAGUAAGGCGAAGGCUAACGCUAAAAAGCCGGGUGCAGGAGCAGAAUCUGGAUCCAAAGGCCAGGGGGAGGAAGGGGGAGACAAACCCUUCUUGAAAGUGGAUCCAGAACUGGUUGUGACAGUGCUGGGUGAUCUGGAGCAGCUGCUCUUCAGUCAGAUGUUGGACCCCGAGUCCCAGAGGAAACGAACCGUGCAGAAUGUCCUUGACCUUCGCCAGAAUUUGGAGGAUACGAUGUCGAGCCUGCGGGGCUCCCAGCUCAGCCAUAGCUGUUUGGACAGCAGUAAUGUGGGCUAUGACAGCGACGAGACUAAUGCUCGCAGCAUCUCCAGUCUCUCCAACCGCUCCUCUCCUCUCUCCUGGCGCCACGGGCAGUCUAGUCCUCGUCUCCAAGCAGGCGACGCCCCGUCCUCCACAGGCGGAGGGUACCAGGGUGGUAAAGCCGGUUCCCAGUACACCACCCAGACCAUGCCGGCCCGCUGCUCCAGCCGGCUCAGCAGCACGUCUCGCAUUGAGCUCAUCGAAGGGUUGGACGACCCGGAGCUCAAGUCUGGUUAUCUGAGUGACAGCGACCUCCUGGGAAAGAGCCUGCCAGACGAUGACGACGACAACCUGGCUAACGGUUGGGAUGAGAGCAGCUCCAUCAGCAGCGGGCUCAGUGAUGGUGACGGUGAUGGCUCAGAAAACCUCAGUUCUGAGGAGUUCAAUGCCAGUUCCUCCCUUAACUCCCUCCCAAACACUCCUCUGGGAUCCAGACGCAACUCUUCUGCUAUGCUACGCACCGAUGCAGAGAAGCGCUCCCUGGUGGAAAGUGGACUUUCUUGGUACAGUGAAGACGGCAAAGCCAGUCACAAGCUUGAAAGUAGCAGCUUUGACACAGGGAGUCUCAAGACGGAGGCCCCAAGCAAGUGGAGAAAGAAGCCUCCAAGUCUCAGUGAAGAUUUUGGGCUUAAAGGAGAGCUGAAGAAGCCUCAGAGUUUAGGUCAACCUGGAAGUUUCAAGAAGGGCCGGAACCCUCCUAUUGGCGUGACCUCUCCCAUCACGCAUACCUCUCAGAGCGCAUUAAAAGUCGCAGCGCCAAAAAGUGAGAAGCCCUUGGAUAAAUCCAAGAUUUCAGUUAGAACUGCUGGUCUGCAACGGUCUCGCUCAGAUGCUGGCAGGGAUCAUCAUGGAGAACAUCGAAAGCCCCCAUCAGGUCUGGUUAAACCCACUGCUGGAGCUUCAUUUGUCUACAAGAAACCACCAACUGCCACUGGUACUGCCACUGUGUUGACAGCAGGGGGAGCCACCAUCUCCAGUGGCUCUGCAACUUUGGGGAAAACCCCCAAGUCAUCUGGCAUCCCUGUGAAGCCUGUAGGAGGAGGACCACCCACAGGUCGAAAGAACAGUUUUGAUGCCAGCAGUGAGCAGGGCUUUUUGGGGCCCAAUGCCCGCAACAGCAUUCAGUACCGCAGCCUGCCUCGACCAGCCAAAUCCAGCACGCUCAGUGUGAUUGGGCGGCCAGCACCUCGGCCCGCCAGUGGUACUAUUGACCCCAGUCUGUUGACUUUGAAACCUGUCCCCAUAGCCCCCACUGGCCCCAGGGUUAAAGAUCCGAGCAGCACUAAGAUGGCUAAUAGAACAACCACAGGCCCAGUGAACCAGACAGACAGAGAAAAGGAGAAGGAGAGAGCCAAGGCUAAGGCUGUGGGUGCUGACAUGGACUGUGGUUCUCUGAAAAGAGAGGAGAGUCAGUCCACUGGAGAUUCUGCUGUGAAACUGCAUGGCCUGAGACGGACCAGCAGCAGCAAAUACCCUGAGCUGUCAUCCCCCACCACACCAAGGAUGUUGAACACAAAGUCUCUGGGUCGUCCUCCAAGCUUGGCUCACCUGGACAAAGUCAACUCCAACAGUCUCGACUCCUGUGUGACCAUCCAGGACCUGCCUCCCAAAGUUCCCCCGUAUUCUAAGCUUCAGGACUUGGCUGGUUCCCAUGCCCCCUCCCGCCUCACCCCCAGCCCAGCACCCGUGCUCCACAUCGAUUCCCCUGGCUCUUUCACCAGUGAAAGCCUGAGUCUCAGCGGAUCACCGAUGCUCUACCCCAAACUGACUGGCAUGCACCGCAGCAUGGAGUCCCUGCCCUUGCAGAUGAGUGUGCCUUCCAGUGCAAGGUUUGUCAAAACUGAGUCACAUGAAAAAGAAGAGAGGGGUACGGGAACCUGGGGAGCAGGAAGCAGGACAUCCCUCAACCUACCAGAUAGCUUGCAAACAGACAGAAAUACUCUACCGAAGAAAGGCCUAGAACGUUAUGGUUCAAGCCUGUCAGAUAGUGAUGGUAGCAAACCAGGAAGGCGCCACUCCCACACCAUCAUGAGCAUGACAGAGAGUGAUAGCCCCCCUCAGCUACCCUCUCCAACCCGCCACCUCCUCCCUUCCUCUGGCAAAGCUCCUCUCACCAACGUGGUUGCCCCAAUUUCUAGUGGCACCCCAAGGAUAUCACGCUCCAACAGCAUUGGUCCCCCUAGUGAGUCAGCCCAUGAUCUCUAUGGAUCCUCCCCCCUGGGAAGCAGUAUGUCCCUGGCUGACCGUCCAAAAAGCAUGAUGCGCUGCGGGUCUUUCCGUGAACAAGGGGACGAUGUGCAUGGCUCUGUGCUGUCUUUGGCGUCCAAUGCUUCAUCCAACUAUUCUGCAAGUGAGGAGAGGAUACAAGGAGAGCAAAUCCGCAAGUUGAGAAGAGAGCUGGAAUCCUCCCAGGAAAAGGUUGCUGACUUGACCAUGCAGCUCUCUGCCAAUCUAGGCCAGGCUAAUCUGGUAGCAGCAUUCGAACAGAGUUUGGCGCUGAUGACAGCCCGCCUACAGACACUGUCAGUCUCCUCGGAGCAAAAGGACUCUGAGCUCAAUGAGCUAAAGGACACAAUUGAGAUCCUGAAAGCCAAAAAUACAGAAGCCCAAGAAAUCAUCCAUGGGGCCCUCAAUAGUCAGGAGAUGACUCCUAAAGAUGCAGAACCACAAAUCAAUCGCCAGAACUCGUCAGAAAGCAUCUCCAGCCUCGCCAGCACCACCAGUCACUCCAGUAUGGGAAGUCUUAAAGAGCAGGAAGCCAAGAAGAAGAAGAAGAAAGGCUGGUUACGCAGCUCCUUCAACAAGGCUUUCAGUAAGAAGGGGUCCAAACAAUCAGGGGCUUAUGCUGACAUCGAAGAGAUCUCUACCCCAGAAUCCUCUGCACCUUCCUCACCUAAAGUCCACCAUGAUGGCACUAACCUCCCCUCCUCAUUGAAAUCUUCAACCUCUGCAACAUCUGCAGGACUCUGUGAGGGAGGUGAGGUGGCGGAUGAUAAGGUCGUGACAGAGCUGCGUACCGAGCUGUGGGAGAAGGAGCGUAAACUGACAGACAUUCGCCUGGAGGCUCUGAGCUCUGCCCAUCAGCUAGAGCAGCUGCAGGAUGCCAUGACCAGCAUGCAGAGGACAGUGGAGAACCUGAAGGCCGAGAACGACCAGCUAAAGACAGGUACUCUGUCUCCCUGUCCCUCUCCUGGACCCUCCAGCUCUGUCUCUCAGUCAUCAGGUCUCACUGCCCUGGGCGGCUCUUCACCUCGACAGUCAGUAGCCAUGCACAUGCCCAAAAGCUACAGCAGAGGGCUGAGUGAGGGGAUCAGCUCAGACAUCCACUCAGCAGAUUCUCAAAGUCUUUCUGCACAGAGGGAUGAUCACCGUGUCAGAGUGGUGGUUUGUGUUGCGGAUUUACGUGUUUUCAAAGAUGAGGUGAAGCAGCAGGAUUUCUUCGUUGGCACAGUCAGGGUUAAUGGCAGGAUGGAUUGGGCCAUGCUGGACUCAGCUGUCAGUCAGGCCUUCAAGGUGUAUGUGGCAAAGGUGGACCCCACUUCCAGUCUGGGCCUGUCUACAGACUCCAUCUACAGCUACAGUAUGGGCCACAUUAAGAGGGUGCUGGGAGGAGAAGCUCCAGAGACACAGCCAUCUCGAUGCAUGUCACGAGGCCCCGGUGGCAUCACUGUGGCUCUGAAAGGUCUGAAGGAGAAAUGUGUGGACAACCUGGUAUUUGAAACCCUCAUUCCUAAACCCAUGAUGCAGCACUACAUCAGUCUGCUCCUCAAGCAUCGCCGCCUCGUCCUGUCUGGACCGAGCGGCACUGGUAAGAGCUACCUGGCUUCCAGGUUGGCUGAGUACCUGGUGGACCGAAGCGCCCGAGAGGUCACAGAUGGCAUUGUGGUCACUUUCAACAUGCACCGCCAGUCUUGCAAGGAUCUGCAGCUAUAUCUUUCCAACCUGGCCAAUCAGAUUGAUCGGGAAAGCAGCUUGUCAGAGAUACCAUUGGUGGUUAUUCUGGAUGAUAUUCAUGAUCCUGUUUCCAUCAGUGAACUUGUUAAUGGUGCCCUCACCUGCAAGUACCACAAAUGUCCUUACAUUAUUGGAACAAGCAAUCAGCCAGUGAAGAUGAUCGCAAACCAUGGCCUCCAUCUCAGCUUCAGAAUGGUGACGUUCUCAAACAACGUGGAGCCGGCCAACGGUUUCCUGGUGCGCUACUUGCACAGGAAAAUGAUGGAGUCAGAGAAUGAAAGGAACUUGACCAAUGAGGACCUGAUCAGGGUACUGGAUUGGGUGCCCAAACUGUGGUAUCACCUGCACACCUUCCUGGAGAAGCAUAGCACAUCAGACUUCCUCAUUGGGCCCUGCUUUUUCCUCUCCUGUCCAGUCACAGUGGACGAGUUUCGAUCGUGGUUUAUUGACCUCUGGAACCACUCCAUUAUACCUUACCUGCAGGAGGGAGCCAAGGACGGCAUCAAGGUCCAUGGCCAGAAGGCGGUAUGGGAGGACCCAGUGGAGUGGGUGAGGGGCACCCUGCCUUGGCCGUCUGCCCAGCAGGACCAGGCCAAGCUUUUCCACCUUCCUCCCCCUAGCAUCAGUUCCAGCAGCCCCGGUCAGCCCAGCGAAGAGAGGCCUCACAAGGAAACUCCACCCAGCUCAAUGGAAUCUGAUCCACUGAUGGCAAUGCUUUUGAAACUUCAAGAGGCUGCCAAUUACAUUGAAUCCCCCGACAAAGAAGACCCUAGUCUGCCUAAACUUUGAACACAAAACUCACUUAGCACUUAGCAAAUAGUACUUUUGUCCACUGUAAUGACGCAGUGCUCAUUCAGGAACAAAUGAACCCUCAGAAAUAGCUGUAGUGGGGUUUAAACUGUCAUUCCCUCAUUAGUUUAACUUACAGAACUUCAUUACACUAUUUAAAUAAGACUGUUUACAAGUAUUGAAUGAGAGAUAUAUUCUACGAAAUCACUCUAUAUUUAACUGGAUGACAUCCACUUCACACCACGUUAACUCUCCGUUCUACAUCGGUGCUAACAGAUCACUAACAGUCCUAGCACUUAACAAUUCAGGUAAUUUCCUCAACAGCACAAGCACUCCUUCCUCUUUUGCACUCAAGUGCAUUAUGGGAUGUGGAGUGCUUGUUAAAGCUACUACUCACACUUAUCAGUGUCUGAUUUUGGAAAAGAGUAUGACAGCAUUACAGAAGCUACUGUUUAUUGCAAAAGUCUUUAAUACAUAUCUACUGUAAAGCCCUCAACGGCCAAAUCGUUCACAUAUGCAACCCUAAACUUAACAACCCUAGCAGGUAGAAACAAGUAAAUGCCUUAACAAUGGACUACAGCCUCACUUCAACUUAAGUAGACUAGAACUGGUGCUUUCAGCAUUUAUCAUCAUCCACUUUAACAGUCAUGAAUCAGUUAUUUCUGCAUCUUUCUGCAAAUUUUACUUUUAUUUACUAUAUUAAACAACAUGCAUUUUGCACAUUCAAAUCAUUUUUAUGGCUUAAAAGAAUUAAACUUGCUGUCAUACUCUUUUACAUUAAACAAAAACACGUAAUACUUGGGUUCAUCAUGUUCGCACUGCACAGUACCGUACUUUCCAAGCACUUGAUUUAGUAUUUUUGAGCUGCUUUAUGAAUGAAGAGCAGUGUUACCAGUGUUGCCAUAUCUAUCAGGUAUUAGAAACACAGGGAUAAUCGAGCAUAACAAACACCCAUAAAGAUUUAACAGAUUAAGUAAAUGCUUUUUAAUUACAACCAUACUUUUUUCUAUGUAGAAAAGAGCACAUCCCCUCCAUAUUCAGAGCAGUUAUUGUAUAUAAAAUGUACAUACAAUCAGGCACCAUCAUGAUUAUUUUAUCUUUAUUAGCUGGUGCAAAUAUCUCAAAUACUGAACCAAAUACUGUUCUUUAAUCAUGCAUAUUGACUGUCAAUUUAGGGGUUUAAGUUCAGCUUUGAAUGUAUAGAAAACACUUAAAAUAGGGCCAUUAAACAGUAUGAAUCAUCUCAAGGGUGCUUUAAAAGAAGCCUUAUCACAAAGCAAACACUUUAAACAAUGGCUGAGUGGAGUGAUUUUAAAGCUAUCUUUGCCCAUUUUCCUUUUCAUCACUUCAAUCUCUUUAUGUCACUCAUGCUUCAUCAUUUAGGUACUGAUGGUGCUCUUAAACAACAUCUGAAAUCAUUUUAGUGUCGAGUGAACAUCACGUAGACUUUCAGGGUAGCGUAGUAAAGAUGUGAAAUGUGAAAUUAGAUCUGGAGGAUAAAUUCUGAUCAUUUAAUGACAGUGUUGUUGAAGAAGUGUUAAAAAAAAACAUUUCGUAGAGACAGUGAAGUCAGUGUGAGACAUUGUAUGGUGUUAACUCAUGUCGAUGUCGUGCGGUAUUCAUAUUUGGGAUCAUCUAGGUACAUGUCACAAUAAUUCGUACUACAGGAAAAAGUUAAAACUGAAGUUGAAACCAUUUUUACGGUCCUUUGUUUAUGUUUUCAUAAAGAAUCCCUAAAGGAGUAAAUGGAUAAGCACAUGUUGGUGCAAGUGGUGUUAAAGUUUCUCACCUCUUCAUUCCAAGCUGUGUCAUAGUCCUGGUGCUCAGACUAAACUUCACAUGUACAUAAAUCCUGUAAAUGAAUGUCAGACCACUCUAAUGACAGCUUAAUAGGAAAGUGUAACAUUUAAAACUGGGUCUGAGCUGCUUAUUGCUUUGUUAUUGCACUUUUUGCAUCCGAUUGCAUCAAAACUAAAGGCUAACUUGCAGCUCUGAUUGGUCUCAGAAAAGAUACAAUGAAUCGAAGACGUCAAAGAGCAAAAUGAUGCAAAUGGCCAACGACUCUCAUACCAGUCACAAGCCGUUUAAGCUAAUGUAAAUAUUCCUGGUAUUAGGCAGUAUUAGCAGCUACACCCUGGUCUGAUUCUCCAAGUUAACAAAAGCCAUCAUCUCCAGCUUCUCAUCUCAUCCUCUGGUUGUUGUGCCUGUUGCUCUGUAGUAGCUGUGAUUUGUGUUUGCUUACUAGUGUAUCGGGACUAUGCAGCAACUUCUACUGGUGUUGGCAAUCGGCAAAUUCUCAACUUCACAAAAUGAGACAGUUAUUUUCACCUGGUCUGUUUUUAUACCUCUUAAUUUGGACCAAAUUGCAGAACAGAAGUACAAAAUGUUUGUUUAUAUGUGGUAAUGAAGAGCCUUAAAGAAAGGAGGAUUUGUUUGGCGUGUUGCAUACAGGGUUAAUAGAUUUAGUAAAAUGAAUUAAGAUUUUUGAAAGCUGUUUUAUGUGUUAAGUCCUUUUAAAUGGAAACAAAGGUUUAAUAACUUGUGUGUCUUAAUGGUCAAAAGACAAAAGAAAGGAUUAAAAAUCAAGUCAAGCCCCUAAAUAGAUGGCACUUCAUUGUAAGCAUAGGUAAAUUAAAGUAAAACACAAACCAGAUCAGGUUGCUGAAUAGUCAUAUUUUUGCAAAGCUUGUUGUGGACUAAACAAAGAAUUUAAAAAAAAGAUGUUAUGCGGUAUCUAAUGUCACUGACGUGCAAAUGUUAAGGGUUUAUAAGUGUUGUAAAUGCAUGUAAACUUGCUGUGUGAUGAGAAAAAACAAUGUAUUGGUUAGGAAAAUCAUUCAACAUGAUGUUUUCCCUUUUAAUACUCAACUGUUUGAUAUUUCUUUUUCUUUUUUCUAAGGAAUCCUUUGUAAAACUUCAUUUCUCUAUUUUGUACAGGACAUCAUUGUAAAGACUGUAAAUAGGUCAGCAUUCUGGAUGCGGCAACAAUCAUUAAAGAGGGGGUAGAAAAAUCAUCCUAGAGAGAAAAGGUAUAUAACUUUGGGAGAUGGGUCCAGUUCUUGGAUAAGGCAUGUGUCUGAAGGCUUUCAUCCACCUAUCACUGGUUGUUGGAAUCAAUAAAAUACAUGUUAUAUUUA